AUGGCGCAGGAGCAGGUGAACUGUAGCUCUGACCCCAGCCCAGAUUGUGAGGCAGCGGCGACUGCCGAACCUAUGGUGCCCUCAGUGGAGACCUCCAAAGACGUCGCCGAGACACCGGAGGACUACGACAGCAAAUGCGUGUUCUGCCGGAUCGCGAAGCGGCAGGAAUCCGGCACCGAACUCCUGCCCUGUGAGGUGGGCAGCGACGCGCGGCCGGUGUGGGUGCGUGGGGAGGGAGGCCUCGCCAGUGUGGACCCGGGUGGGGAGGAUCCCGAUCGCCACUCAGAGCUGGCCGAGGCAGGGCCAUCCUGUGUGGAGGGGACAAGGAGUGUUUCUCGCAGUAUCUCUGCUGUUCGGAAGGGAGAAAAGAUAGUGAUAGAGCUAAAUACCUCGGCCUGUCUGUGCAGGAUGGGUUUCCACAUGCCACCAUUCUGUUCCAUCUCCCACUUGCACCUUCAUGUUCUGGCACCAGUCAGUGAGCUUGGCUUCUUAUCCAGAUUGGUUUAUAGAGUCAAUUCCUAUUGGUUUAUUACAGCUGACCAUUUGAUUGAAAAACUAAGGACAUGAAAAUGUCAACAGUGGAAGAUUUCCCUAAUCUUGGCUCAAUAUUAACUAAUAUUUUGGUCCCUUUGAAGUGUAAUUGCAAUUUUAAGGUUUGUUGGGUUUUAUGAGAGGCUGUUAGUGAGUAACCUUAAAUAUUUUCUGAAUAUCUUUUUCCUGAGAUCUGUGAUCUAGUUAUAUGAAUACUUUGUAACUGACUUCUAUGGUUUAAUGGUUACUGGUCUAGGGAUUUUAUAUAUAUGAUGCUAUAGAUAAAAUCCCCUUUAAAAUAAAUUCUGUUAAUUGAGAAGGGUUCUGUAUUUUUUAAAAAAUCAAAAUAUUUUCAUGUCUCAGUAAAUAGUCAAUUAUAAUAGUGAUUUAUUUAUGAAGAAUAAAAUUCCAUAGAAAGUAC